GCCACCUUUGCCCUGACAAAGCCUUUGAAGAUGAACAUGGUGAAGAGGAUCAUGGGACGGCCACGGCAGGAGGAGUGCAGUCCUCAGGACAACGCUCUGGGCCUGAUGCACCUGCGCCGCCUCUUCUCCGAGCUGUGCCACCCGCCUCGUCACAUGACCCAGAAGGAGCAGGAGGAGAAGCUCUACAUGAUGCUGCCCGUCUUUAACAGGGUGUUUGGAAAUGCUCCGCCCAGCACCAUGAUGGACAAGUUCUCUGACCUGCUGCAGUUCACCACACAGGUGUCUCGUCUCAUGGUGACCGAAAUCAGACGACGUGCGUCCAACAAAUCCACAGAGGCAGCAAGUCGAGCCAUCGUUCAGUUCCUGGAGGUGAAUCAGAGUGAGGAGGCCAGUCGUGGCUGGAUGCUGCUGACCACCAUCAACCUGUUGGCGUCAUCUGGACAGAAAACCGUGGACUGCAUGACGACCAUGUCUGUCCCCUCCACUCUGGUCAAAUGUCUCUACCUGUUCUUUGACCUGCCUCACAUGACCGAGGCCCCGCUGGGCUCCACCCAGCAGCCGCCGCCGCCCCCACUGCCGCCGGCGUCCACUCAGGAGAAGAUGCCAGUCCAGAGCCACAGUCAGCCGGAGCUGCCGCUGGCUGACCGCAGGGCACUGCUGCAGAAAGUUUUUGUCCAGAUCCUUGUGAAACUCUGCACCUUCGUGUCUCCGGCUGAGGAACUGGCUCAGAAGGACGACCUUCAGCUGCUUUUUAGCGCCAUCACCUCCUGGUGCCCCCCCCACAACCUGCCAUGGAGGAGGAGCGCCGGCGACGUGCUGACGACCAUCUCCCGCCACGGCCUGAGCGUCAACGUGGUCAAAUACAUACACGAGAAGGAGUGUCUGUCCACGUGUGUCCAGAACAUGCAGCAGUCGGAUGACCUCUCACCCCUGGAGAUCGUGGAGAUGUUUGCCGGCCUGUCGUGUUUCCUCAAAGAUUCCAGCGAUGUGUCUCAGACGCUGCUGGACGACUUCAGGAUGUGUCAGGGCUAUGCCUUCCUUUGUGACCUCAUGCUAAGACUGGAACAGGCUAAAGAGGAUGAAUCCAAAGAUGCACUGAAGGACCUGGUUAACCUGGUUACCUGUCUGACCACGUAUGGAGUGACAGAGCUGAAGCCUGCAGGACUCACCACUGGCGCACCCUUCCUGCUGCCUGGAUUCAUUCUGCCACAGCCUGCAGGCAAAGGACACACGGUGCGGAACAUCCAGGCCUUCGCUGUCCUUCAGAACGCGUUCCUGCGUGCUAAAAGUAGCCGCUUAGCGUGCAUGCUGCUGGACGCCAUCGGGAACAUCUACGCAGCAGACCCGGCCAACUACUUCAUCGUGGAGUCGCAGCACACGCUGUCGCAGUUUGCCGAGCGCGUGGUUAAAAUGACCGACGCUCAGGUCAAGUACUUUGAGCUGCUGGAGUUCGUGGUCUUCAGCCUUAACUACGUUCCGUGUAAGGAGCUGUUCAGCGUGAGUGUGCUACUGAAAGCCAGCACGUCGCACGCCUGCAGCGUCACGGCCGUGCGCACGCUGCUGAAGCUGGUGAGACACGACCCGGUGUUCAGUGAUGUCCUCAGAGAGGUUGGUCUGCUGGAGGUGCUGGUCAACCUGCUGCACAAGUACGCUGCCCUGCUCAAGGACCCGGCCACGCAGGAGCCACCAACGCCACACAGCAACGACCAAGCUGAGUGUAAGAAAAACUCAGUAGCUGAGGAGCAGAAACAGUUAGCCUGGUUAGUGAUGGACACACUGACCGUUCUGCUGCAGGGCAGCAACACCACCAGCACGAAUGCAGCUCUGUUCAGAGAGUUUGGCGGCGCUCGCUGCGUCCACAACAUUGUGAAGUAUCGUCAGUGUCGUGAACAUUCCCUCUGCAUCAUCCAGCAGCUCAUCCUCUCUCCUACUGGAGACGACGACAUGGGAACUCUACUGGGACUGAUGCACUCAGCCCCGCCCACUGAGCUGCAGCUCAAGACUGACAUCCUGAGGGCGCUGUUGGCGGUGCUUCGUGAAAGUCACCGCACACGUACGGUCUUUCGUAAAGUGGGAGGUUUCGUGUACGUCACGUCUCUGCUGGUUGCCAUGGAGCGCUCGCUGUGUCAGCCACCGCGUCACGGCUGGGAGCGCGUCAACCAGAACCAGGUGUUUGACCUCCUGCUCACCGUCUUCUGCACGCUCACCGCCGCCAUGCGCUACGAACCGGCCAACUCACACUUCUUCCGCACAGAGAUCCAGUUUGAGAAGCUGGCGGACGCCGUGAGGCUGCUCGGCUGUUUCUCCGACCUGAAGAAGAUCUCGUCCACCGCCGCGUUUCCCUCCAACGCUCAGCCUUUCCAGAGGCUGCUGGAGGACGACGCUGCCCCCGGAGGCUGUGCAGGAGACAGCGUGUGUCCCACACUCAGACACUGCAGCAAACUCUUCAUCUACCUGUACAAGAUGGCCACCGACUCCUUCGACAGUCGUGCGGAGCAGCUUCCUCCCUGUUUGACUCAUGAGACCUCGCUGCCCUCACCCUGGGGCACGCCUGCCCUCGCCAGGAAGAGACAUGGUUACUACGGGACGUCCGCCUCCUCCUCCUCCUCUUCCUCCGCCCCAGCCAAAGCCCUCACUGACCUCAAACUCCAACUCUCUAGCCCCGUCCACCACGUGUCCUCCUCUUCCUGGUCUGACAUGGUGGUCAUCCACCCGGGGGCGGUGCUGGCCAUGCUGGACCUGCUGCCGUCCGUCUGCUCCGACAGCCAACCAGAGCAUGCACUGGACCUGCAGCUGGCCGUGGCUAACAUCCUGCAGCUGCUGGUGAACAGUGAGAGGAACCAGCAGGUUCUGUGUGAGUCCAGUCUGCACCAGCGUGUGCUGCAGCGCUGCAGUCACGCUCUGAGUGAUGAAGAUCACCCGCUGCACCCCCCACUGCAGAGGAUGUUUGAGAGGUUGGCCUCACAGGCUCUGCAGCCCAUGGCCCUCAGAGAAUUCUUACGUCUGGGAAAUCCUCUCAACUGUGGAGCCUGGGACAAGAAGCUGCUCAAACAAUACAGAGUCCACAAACCCAGUUCACUGAGCUACGACGUAGACAUGAGAGGCAGUAUGACCAUGUCCAUGGAAGGCUUUGGCCCCGACAGCGUCUUCACGACUCCGGCGGAGGAUAACGGUCAGUAUCGUAUCAGCCGCAGUCUGGUGCGGUCGGCAGAGGGCAGCACUGUUCCUCUCACCCGAGUCAAGUGUCUUGUCUCCAUGACGACGCCCCAUGACAUCCGCUUGCAUGGGUCUGCUGUCACGCCAGCGUUUGUGGAAUUUGACACAUCGCUGGAAGGAUUCGGGUGUCUGUUUCUGCCCAGUGUAGCUCCUCCUCACAACUCUCCCUCUAGCGCCACCACCAGCUCAGCUGUCACUGACGGAACAGUGCUAAGUGGAAUGGGCUCAGGGGAGCGCUUGUUUCCUCCACCCUCAGGACUCAGUUACUCCUCCUGGUUCUGUGUGGAGCGCUUCAGUUCUCCGCCUCACUUUCACUCCGUCCGUCUGCUGACCGUGGUCCGUCGGGCCGUGUCUUCAGAGCAGCACUACGUCUGUCUCGCCGUGGUUCUGUCCACCAAAGACCGAACACUGACCGUGUCCACCAAGGAGGAGCUGCUGCAGACGUACUCUGACGAGUGGAGCGAGGAGUCGAGCUUCUACGAGCUGCUGCCGUGCUGUGCUCGUUUCCGCUGUGGCGAGCUGAUUGCGGAGGGUCAGUGGCACCACCUGGUGUUGGUGAUGAGUAAAGGCAUGCUGAAGAACAGCAUGGCCACGCUGUACAUCGACGGACAGCUCGUCAACACGGUCAAGCUUCACUACAUCCACAGUGCUCCGGGCGGCUCCGGCUCCGCUAACCCUCCCGUUGUCAGCACGGUUUACGGUUACGUGGGGACGCCGCCGGCUCAGCGCCAGCUCUCCAGCCUGGUGUGGCGUCUGGGGCCGAGUCACUUCCUGGAGGAGGUUCUGCCCGCCUCCAGUGUCACCGCCAUCUUUGAACUGGGCCCAAACUAUGUGGGCAGUUUCCAGGCCGUGUACCUGCCAUGUAAAGACGUGUCCCCUGCGUGUCCAGUGGUGCUGGUUCCAGAGGAGAAAGUGUCCUUCAGUCUGUACGCGGUCUCUGUGUCCACACUGACUGUCGCCAAGAUCAGGAAAGUCUACAACAAACUGGACAGUAAAGCAAUCGCUAAACAGCUGGCCGUGUCGUCUCAUGAAAAUGCGACCCCAGUCAAGCUGAUCCAUAACGCCGCUGGUCAUCUCAACGGUCCCGCCCGCACCAUUGGAGCAGCUGUGAUUGGUUACUUAGGCGUCCGCGUCUUCAUCCCCAAACCUGUCGCCACCAACCUGCAGUACGUGGGUGGGGCGGCAGCCAUCUUGGGUCUGGUUGCCAUGGCGUCAGAUGUGGAGGGUCUGUAUGCAGCCGUGAAAGCUCUGGUGUGUGUAGUGAAGAGUAACCCGCUGGCGAGUAAGGAGAUGGAACGCAUCAAAGGUUACCAGCUGCUGGCCAUGCUGCUGAAGAAGAAACGCUCACUGCUCAACAGUCACACUCAUCUGACCUUCUCUCUGGUGGGCACGGUCGACAGCGGCCACGAGACCUCCAUCAUCCCCAACUGCACCGCCUUCCAAGACCUGCUGUGUGACCUGGAGGUUUGGCUUCACGCCCCCUACGAGCUCCACCUCUCUCUGUUCGAGCACUUCAUCGAGCUGCUGACCGAGUCCAGUGAGGCGGCAAAAAAUGCCAAACUUCUGCGAGAGUUUCAGCUGAUUCCUCGUCUGCUGCUGACGCUCAGAGACAUGACGCUGUCACAAGCCACGGUGACUGCUGUCAGCAACGUCCUGAGUCUGCUGCUGCACGGCUUUACACACACACAAGACCUGCUGAGCAGCGUGGACGGCUUCGGUCUAGAGGCCGAGGCCAGGAUGACGACAUGGCACGUGAUGAUGGCCACGGAGAACGAGGCGGACGCCGCGCACAACCACGACGUCAGCGAGGGGCGGCAGUUGCUGCUGAAGGCCGUUAACCGCGUGUGGACAGAGCUGAUGCACAGUAAACGUCAGAUGCUGGAGGACAUUUUCAAAGUGUCUCUGCCGUGCAACGACCGAGGACAUGUGGACAUCGCCACAGCACGCCACGCCCUCGAAGAACCCGCCCUCAAGAGCUGGCAGAACCACCUGGUACAUGAGAGGAAGUGCAUCAGUCGUGGUGAAGCUGUGGCUCCAGCGUCUCAGUCCAAACUGUCACGGGUCAGCAGUGGCUUCGCUUUGUCCAAGUUAACGGGCGUUCGUCGUAACAAGAAGGAGAACAGUCUGAACAAGAACAGUGUUUCUGCACAGGAGACGUUUCAGUGGAUGUUCACUCACAUCGCUGUGGUCAGAGACCUGGUGGCUCUGCAGUACAAAGAACAUCAGGAGCGGCAGCAGAACGCUCUGAAGUACGUGACAGAGGAGUGGGCGGGGAUCGAGUACGAGCUACUGCGUGAGCGCGGCCUGUGGGGCCCGCCCAUCGGCUCUCACCUGGACAAGUUCAUGUUGGAGAUGACGGAGGGUCCGUGUCGCAUGAGGAAGAAGAUGGUUCGUAACGACAUGUUCUACAUCCACUACCCUUACAGUCCUGACACAGAGAACAGUGCCACCUCUGCUCAGAAGCCUCUGCGUUACCGGCGUGCUGUCAGCUACGACAGUAAAGAAUACUACAUGCGUUUGCUGUGUGGAAAUCCCGGCAUGUACCAGCACUCAGUGGAACAAAGCACAGAGGGAGAGACGCCGCCGCACGAACCCGAGCACGGAGAGGACACCAUCGCCAGGGUCAAAGGUCUGGUGAAGGCGCCGCUCAAACGUUCUCGGUCGACGGCGGAUGGCGGCGAUGAAGACGGUCAGGAGCAGAUUCAGGAUCAGCUGAUGGAGUCCGGAGGCCUGGAGGACGAGCAGAGGACGGACAACACGUCACUGCUGCGCCUCCUGGAGGACGGAGAGAAGAUCCAGCACAUGUACCGCUGCGCCCGGGUCCAGGGUCUGGACACCAGUGAGGGGCUGCUGCUGUUCGGGAAAGAACAUUUCUACGUUAUCGACGGUUUCACCAUGACCGUGUCCCGCGAGAUCAGAGACAUCGACACGCUGCCACCAACUUUACAUGAGGCCAUCAUCCCCAGAGGAGCGAGACAAGGUCAGAGUCAGUUAAAGAGAAGCUGCAGCAUCUUUGCCUACGAGGACAUUAAAGAAGUUCACAAGAGGAGAUACCUGCUGCAGCCAAUGGCAGUGGAGGUUUUUUCUGCAGAUGGAAGGAACUACCUGUUAGCUUUUCAGAAAGGAGUCCGCAACAAAGUCUACCAGAGGUUCUUGGCUGUGGUGCCUUCACUGACCGACAGCUCUGAGUCUGUUUCAGGUCAAAGGCCAAACACCAGUGUGGAGCAGGGGUCUGGAUUACUCAGCACUCUGGUUGGUGAGAAAUCAGUGACUCAGCGGUGGGAGCGUGGAGAGAUCAGUAACUUCCAGUACCUGAUGCACCUGAACACGUUGGCCGGUCGCUCGUAUAACGACCUGAUGCAGUAUCCAGUUUUCCCAUGGAUCCUGGCCGACUAUGACUCUGAGGAGUUGGACCUGAGUAACACGAAGACGUUCCGUAACCUGUCCAAACCAAUGGGCGCGCAGACGGACGACAGACUGACACAGUAUAAGAAGAGGUACAAGGACUGGGAGGAUCCUAACGGUGAAACACCGGCGUACCACUACGGCACACACUACUCCUCCGCCAUGAUUGUGGCGUCUUACCUCGUCCGUAUGGAGCCAUUCACUCAGAUCUUCCUCAGACUUCAGGGAGGACACUUUGACCUGGCAGACAGGAUGUUCCACAGUGUGCGUGAAGCCUGGCUCUCUGCCGCCAAACACAACAUGGCAGACGUCAAAGAGCUCAUCCCAGAGUUCUUCUAUCUGCCCGAGUUUCUGCUCAACUCCAACAACUUUGACCUGGGAGCCAAACAGAAUGGAACCAAGUUAAGUGACGUCAUCCUGCCGCCGUGGGCCAAGGGCGACCCACGAGAGUUCAUCAGAGUCCACAGAGAGGCUCUGGAGUGUGAUUAUGUGUCGUCUCACCUUCACGAGUGGAUCGACCUGAUCUUCGGUCAUAAGCAGCAGGGACCUCCUGCUGUGGACGCGGUGAACGUCUUCCACCACCUGUUCUAUGAAGGACAGGUGGACAUUUACAACAUCAACGACCCGCUCAAAGAGACGGCCACCAUCGGCUUCAUCAACAACUUUGGACAAAUCCCCAAACAGCUGUUUAAGAAGCCACACCCUCCCAAACGUGUUCGCAGUAAAGCUAACGGAGACGUAGCAAACGUUCCUCCGAGUGCUAACAGCGACAAGAUCUUCUUCCAUCAUCUGGACAAUCUGAGACCUUCACUGACACCUGUGAAAGAGUUGAAGGAGCCCGUGGGUCAGAUCGUGUGCACAGAUAAAGGAGUCCUGGCUGUGGAGCAGAACAAAGUUCUGGUCCCGCCCUCCUGGAGUAAGACGUUUGCGUGGGGUUACGCUGACCUCAGCUGUCGCUUAGCAAACUAUGAGUCUGAUAAGGCCCUGGUCGUGUAUGAGUGUUUGUCCGACUGGGACCAGAUUCUCUGCUCCAUCUGUCCAAACCCAAAACUGGUCAUCACAGCCGGAACCAGCACUGCCAUCUGUGUGUGGGAGACAGGGAUGAGCAAGGAGAGAGCCAAGACCCUGACCCUGAAACAGGCGUUACUGGCUCACACUGACGCGGUCACAUGUCUCACGGCGUCAGUGUCGUACCACAUCGUGGUCAGCGGCUCCAGGGAUCGAACCUGCAUCAUCUGGGACCUGAACAAACUGUCGUUCAUCACACAGCUGCGAGGACACCGCGCGCCCGUCUCUGCUCUGUGCAUCAACGAGCUGACGGGUGACGUUGUGUCGUGCGCUGCCACACACAUCCAUGUGUGGAGUAUUAACGGGAGUCCUCUCGCCAGCGUGAACACGUUUACCGGCCGCAGUCAGCUGAUCCUGUGUGUGUGCGUGUCUGAGAUGAACGAGUGGGACACACAGAACGUCAUCGUCACGGGUCACUCUGACGGCGUCGUCAGGUUUUGGAGGACGGAGUUUCUCCAGGUUCCAGAAACUCCUGCUCCUCAGCCCGUCGAGCCCGACGUGUCCGACUGCUGCCAUGACGACAAGAUCGAAGGUGGUGAGAGUCACCAUGGCGACGACGACAGCAGCGAGUCGGACGCAGACGAACAAAGUCAAGAGUCCAAAGAACCAGGAGGAGGAGGGAGUCAGGCCAACAGCACCACCCACAGGCCCACAGCAGCAGGUGUGUCGUGGACGAUGAUGGACAGCGUCUCUGAGGACGGUCACCGUUGGUCAGAUUCUCUGAGCAUCGAUGAGAAAGACGGUUUUGUGUUUGUGAAUUACUCUGAAGGUCAAAGCAAAGGUCAACUCGCUUUCGUAGGCCACACCUCCUCGCAGCCACCUCCACCAAUGAUGACGACAGUGGCAGAGGCUCGAACCUACAACCAGCUGAGGGCGGGUCACAGGUGGGAGCGUCAGCUGGUUUUCCGCAGUAAGCUAACGAUGCACACGGCGUUUGAUCGUAAAGAUAACGCUCAGCCGGCAGAAAUCACCGCUCUCUCCAUCUCCAAAGACCACAGUAAGAUCCUGGUGGGGGACGGACGUGGGCGUGUCUUCAGCUGGUCAGUGAGUGAGCAGCCUGGACGCUCGGCGGCCGAUCACUGGAUCAAAGACGAGGUAGUGGACAGUUGUUCAGGCUGCAGCGUCCGCUUCUGUCUGACCGAGAGGAGACAUCACUGCAGGAACUGUGGACAGCUCUUCUGCCACAGGUGCAGCCGUUUCCAGUCAGAGAUCAGGAGGUUAAAGAUCUCGUCUCCGGUCAGAGUUUGUCAGAACUGUUAUUUUAACCUGCAGCACGAGCGUGGCGCCACCGCUAACAUUAGCACUGUUGCUAACGGAGGCGGAGACAACAGUGGUGUCUGAAACUGAGGCUCCUCCCACACGAGCCACGCCUCCAUCCACUGUCUGCAGCAGGAGGUCGUGACAUCAUCAUCACCAUGACGAUGAAGGUCAUUCACCACUUUAUUACCCGCUGCACGUUACGCCCACUCUGUGGAAGCUCUGCCCACUCACAGGAUCAAAGACACUUGUCCAUAAUGUAAAUAAUGACACAACCUUUUUAACACAAAGGUCAACAAAAAAUAAACAAACACAGAGGAUUGUGGGUAAUGAGUCACAGAGAACAAGGUUUUUUUUCUUUAUCAGCCAAGUUUUACUCACACACACACACUAUUACACACACACACACACUAUUAUACACACACACACACACACACUAACACUAAUAAACACACACACUAAUACACACAUUAUUAAAUGUUUUAAACAACUGAAGCAGCAGGAAGUGAUGACAUCAUCAUCUGUGACCUGACGUCUCAUGUUGAUGAUGUCAUCAGUGAUAUUUUUAAAUGUUCUUUUUUUAACUCACAAUUUACUCAUUUAUUGAAACAACUUUAGAGUCAUGUGACUCGUCAUCGCUGCAGUGUUAUUUUCAAUGCAACCACUAGGGGCCGCCAGUUUCAACACAACUGUCAAUCAAGUGUCAUCAUGUUUGUUUAUUGACACAUCUUUAAAAACAAAAUCUCCUGAGACAUCGAAAUCACACGAGACUUGACCUCGAGCUGUUAACUCUGCUGAAGCUAACAGCUAAGCUAACAGCUGAGUCGUCACUUUAUCACAGAUGUCGUCAUGGAUACAGAGACAGCAAAUGCUGUGCUCACAGCGCCCUCUGCUGGACAACUGUGCUCAUUUCUCUGCUCUAAAUCUCCCACAGCUGAUUCACUGAUUCAUCUGGUUCAGAUGAAUCAGUGAAUCUUUACUCACAUUUGUUUGUAAACAAACAACUUGCUGCUUCUUUUCUUUCAAAAACCUUCAAUGCUCUGACGACACUGACGUGUGCUCUUCUAACCCCUCCCCCAAACUCCUCCUCCACGUCUGUGGCGUUGUGAGCGAUGACGUCGUCGCGUCAGUCAAACAUUUCUUUGCACCUUGACUUUUUUCACGUUUGAUUAAACGAAUGAUAUUUA